AUGGGCAUCCAAAAGGUGUCAGACGAUGCUCGGUGCAGAAUUUUUCCGGCAACUUUAUCCAAAAUUUCUCAGGAAUGGUUUUUCAAAUUCCCUCCGACCAGUAUAGUUUCAUGGGAAAUGUUCAUAAAGGAGUUUUAUGCUGAGGUGAAUCAGCUGGUUGAAAUAUGCCAGAAAGAAGGAGAGACCCUGAAGGGGUAUAUUCAACGAUUCAUGCGAGCAGCUGUUGGGGCCAAGAUGGUUAGGGAUGAGGGAAAGAUUAUGGCUCUCACUGCUGGGGUGCGGCGCCACUCAUCCCUUUGGAACAUUUUACAAAAAAAUGGAGUCAAGAGCACUCAGGAAUUUUUGGAUCGAGCAGACAGGUAUAUCAAUCUCGAGGAGGCCAUUGCCAAUGAAGGAAAGUCUCCUACAGACGACCAGGGCCCGAAAGAAGAUCCCACCAAAGCCACCAAUGGAUUUGGGAGAACCAAUGGCAAUGAAAAAAUAAUGGGAAGAAUGGGGGAAUAA